AUGCAUGACAAUUAUUUGUGCUUCCGCUGUGGUAUGCUUGUGCUAAAUCCAACUUUGCAAAAAUUUGACCGGGUCCCAAUGGAUGCAAAAGGUGUUGAACUAUUGGGACAGGGCCUGAGAAUCCGUUUAUUCAAUUUUUCACUCAAGCUUUUGAGCUGCAUGUUAUAUAUAGUUCGGGUGCUCCUGGAGGAUCCCUAUCAGCAACAUGGAUGCAAGGAAUUAAACCAGGGAUGUUCCAGUCAAAACAACAUUUCUGCAGAGAUAGAUUGGUCACUUAUUAUUUGGGUGAAUCGAAGCUUACCUUUGUGGGGAUUACAGGUAUCAGUGGCUUUAAUAAGUCUGUUAGAAACUACACUACUGAGCUAUCUCAGUUACAAAGGAAACAUAUGGGAACAAGUUGUACGCAUUCCUUUUCUGCUGGAAAUCAUCAAUGCUAUUCCUUUCAUCAUUACGAUUUUCUGUCCUGCAUUAAGGAAUUUAUUUAUCCCAGUGUUUUUAAAUUGUUGGCUUGCUAAACAUGCUUUGGAGAAUAUGAUUAAUGAUCUUCAUAGAGCCAUCCAGCGCACACAGUCUGCAAUGUUUAAUCAAGUUCUGAUUUUAAUAUCUACAUUGCUGUGUCUUAUCUUUACAUGUAUUUGUGGAAUUCAACAUCUGGAACGAGCAGGAAACAAGCUGACUCUCUUUGACUCCCUCUAUUUCUGCAUAGUGACAUUUUCCACUGUAGGAUUUGGGGAUGUUACUCCCAAGAUCUGGCCUUCCAAAUUGCUGGUUGUAAUUAUGAUCUGUGUUGCCCUUGUAGUAUUACCAAUACAGUUUGAGCAACUGGCUUAUUUGUGGAUGGAAAGACAAAAAUCAGGUGGAAAUUAUAGCCGACAUAGAGCUCAGACAGAGAAACAUGUUGUUUUGUGUGUCAGUUCUCUUAAAAUUGACCUGCUUAUGGAUUUUCUAAAUGAAUUCUAUGCUCAUCCUAGACUCCAGGACUACUAUGUGGUUAUAUUGUGUCCCACUGAGAUGGAUGUUCAGGUUCGAAGAGUGCUUCAAAUUCCCAUGUGGUCCCAAAGAGUCAUCUACUUGCAAGGUUCAGCACUGAAGGAUCAAGAUCUCCUGAGAGCUAAAAUGGAUAAUGCGGAGGCCUGUUUUAUUUUAAGCAGCCGUUGCGAAGUGGACAGAACUGCAGCGGACCAUCAAACCAUUUUAAGAGCUUGGGCAGUUAAAGAUUUUGCUCCAAAUUGUCCGUUGUACGUUCAGAUACUGAAGCCUGAAAAUAAGUUUCAUAUUAAAUUUGCAGAUCACGUUGUAUGUGAAGAGGAAUUCAAAUAUGCAAUGUUGGCUUUGAAUUGUAUUUGCCCAGCUACAUCAACGCUUAUCACUUUAUUAGUUCAUACUUCAAGAGGGCAAGAGGGCCAACAGUCACCAGAACAGUGGCAGAAAAUGUAUGGGAGAUGCUCAGGGAAUGAAGUAUAUCACAUUAACUUGGAGGAGAGUGUGUUUUUUGCUGAAUAUGAAGGAAAGAGUUUCACAUACGCAUCUUUCCAUGCACACAAACGGUUUGGUGUUUGUUUAAUCGGUGUUAGGAGGGAAGAUAACAAAAAUAUUUUGCUGAACCCAGGUCCCCGGUAUAUUAUGAGCUCUUCAGAUAUAUGUUUUUAUAUUAACAUCACAAAAGAAGAAAAUUCUGCUUUUAAGAAACAAGAGCAGCAUCAAAAAAAUCACCCAACAAGAUUGUUUUAUCAUGGUCCUUCUCGGCUGCCAGUGCACAGCAUAAUUGCUAGUAUGGGUACCGUUGCUAUAGAUUUGCAAGAUACAGGCUGUAGAUCUCCAAAUGCAGCUACAUUAACUCUUCCUUCAGAAGCACCUAAGACGGGCAGAAGGCCAAGCAUUGCACCUGUUCUGGAGGUUGCAGACACUUCAGCGCUUCAUAGCUGUGAUCUUUUAAGUGACCAGUCCGAAGAUGAAGCCACACCCUCCGAUGAAGAAGUGUUGAAUGGUCUGGAGUAUUUAAAAGGCUAUCCCCCUUAUUCACCUUACAUAGGAAGUUCUCCUACUUUCUGCCAUUUGCUCCAUGAAAAAGUGCCAUUUUGCUGCCUGAGAUUAGACAAGGGAUGCCAGCAUAAUUACUAUGAAGAUGCCAAAGCUUAUGGAUUCAAAAACAGAAUCAUUAUAGUCGCUGCAGAGACUGCAGGAAAUGGACUCUACAACUUUAUUGUACCUCUCAGGGCUUAUUACAGACCAAAGAAAGAACUCAAUCCAAUUGUGUUGCUGCUGGAUAAUCCUCUAGAUGAUUUGCUAAAAUGUGGCAUGACAUUUGCUGCCAAUAUGGUUGUGGUGGACAAGGAAAGCACUAUGAGUGCUGAAGAAGAAUACAUGGCAGAUGCUAAGACAAUUGUAAAUGUACAAACCCUCUUUAGGUUGUUCUCCAGUCUGAGCAUAAUUACUGAAUUAACUCAUCCUGCCAACAUGAGAUUCAUGCAGUUCAGGGCCAAAGACUGUUAUUCUCUUGCUCUAUCAAAAUUGGAGAAGAAAGAACGAGAGAAAGGUUCUAACCUGGCAUUCAUGUUUCGAUUGCCCUUUGCUGCUGGCAGAGUUUUCAGUAUCAGCAUGCUGGACACCUUGCUGUAUCAGUCAUUCGUUAAGGAUUACAUGAUCUCUAUCACUAGACUUCUGCUGGGACUAGAUACUACACCAGGAUCUGGAUUUCUCUGUUCUAUGAAAAUCACAGAAGAUGAUUUGUGGAUCAGAACAUACGCCAGACUAUAUCAGAAGCUUUGUUCUUCGACUGGAGAUAUUCCUAUCGGAAUCUACAGGACCGAAUCACAGAAAUUAGUGACAUCUGAGUCUCGAGAAAUUGCUUCACAAUCUCAAAUUUCUAUCAGCGUGGAAGAGUGGGAAGACACUAAGGAUAGUAAAGAACAAUGUAACUACCGUAGCAACCACCGUAACUCAACAUCAAGUGAUCAGUCAGAUCAUCCUUUAUUAAGACGAAAAAGCAUGCAGUGGGCUCGGCGGCUAAGCAGAAAAGUACCAAAGCAUUCAGCAAAAACAGCAGAGAAAAUAAGUCAGCAGAGAAUGAAUCUUUACAGAAGGUCAGAAAGACAAGAACUAGCUGAACUGGUGAAAAACAGAAUGAAACAUCUGGGACUCUCAACAGCAGGAUAUGAUGAAAUGAAUGAUCAUCAAAACACCCUUUCAUACAUUUUGAUCAAUCCUUCUCCAGACACCCGACUUGAGCUGAAUGAUGUUGUAUACUUGAUCCGCCCAGAUCCAUUGUCAUAUGUUCCCAAAAGUGCAUCUAGCCAGAAAAACAGCUUCUGCAAUGCCAUUGGGCAAGACACCAGAGAAGAAACACAACUUUGAUACUCACACGGUUCAGUGAUGGAAAGACAUUUUUAUACAAAUAACUGUUUUGGAAUUGACUGGUGAUGAAUUUAGUAUAACUGGACUCUUCUGAGAACUGGGAUAUAAUGGUCAAUGGAUGUUAAUAGAACAACUAUUUUGUUGAAAUUAUAGGAAUGAUUCUGAAAAACUGAGUUUUUUUAAAUAAUUAUUCAGAUCCUGGAAUUAAAAAAUCUAAGCAAGUAUGCCAUGGUUUGCUAAUAGAAAGUAGAAAAAUAAUAAUGCUGUACUCCAAAUCAUAUUUGUUAUUUUGGUUUCAAUUAACCACUCUGCAAUUGUUUCUGACCACAAUUUCAUAGUGUAUAUUGUAAGUUCUGCAUUCCAGAUUUAUAAAAUUCUGGUUUGUGCAAAUAAAAUGAUAAUGUAAGGAAGGUUGGGACAAUUCCCUUUUCUACUAUUUUAAAAUUGGAAUUCCAAAUAAAAGCUCAGUAAGUUUGUUGCUUGCUUUAGCUUUGAGCAAUAAUAAUCAGCCGUGUAUUUUUAUUGCCUCCUUUAGCCCAUUAUAUUUUUAUACACAACAUAUAUUUUUCCAGAAUUUUUAAUUCCAUGCUAUUUUCAAACCAUUGUUUGUUUUAAUUUGACACCUUUUCCCCAUACACUAAAACAUUUAGAGCAAGUAUACAUUUCACAAAUAGAAAAAUGGAAAAUGGAUCCCAAAUGCUAAGAAUGUUAAAUGGUGUGGAAACCAAUUGCCUUUAAAUAUUUAUUAAAAUUUGUACAGGAAAGAGGAAUUUGGAAGAUUUUGUAGGAUUCAUUGAGAACACCAAGUUAUUUUGGAGAAAAAAAUGUUUAUUUGUGAAUGCAAUACCAAUAGCUAAAUUAAGGAUUACUAAAGAUGAUUGAAGAGUGUGGACUCUCUGAAGAUAUAGCAUUGCAGGUGAUUUGGAAUGAUUACCCAAUCUAUUCCUUUGAUGGUAGAUCACUUGGAAUGUCAAAACAGAAAAUAAGUAUUAUAUAUCUCCAGAUUUCUGGAGUAAAGGAGACGACAGUUUCUCUGGGAGAAAGACUUGGAUUCCCAAAGCAAUCCAUAGAUUUUUUUCGGUUUAGUGUAAACCAACAGUUUUAGUCUUGAAUACGAAUUCCAGUGUGUAUUGUGUAUACAUGAAGAGUAGUUAGUAUGAAGACUCACUAGCCUAAAAUCUUAUUGAACAAGAGGCAAAAAUCUGGUAAGCAAAAGGUAAAAACAAGGAUCAUGUUUUUGACUGGCGUUUACUCUGUUGUGGAAUUGUAGGAGUCACUUCGGAUGGCCAGUGAUAUGCCAGACAAUAUCUUGGUUUUAAAUGAAGCCAUGUGAAUGGUAUCACUUUUCUUUACAGAUCUUGAUAGAAUCAGGCUGCACAGAAACAUGGUCAGCCGUCAGUCUUUUUAAAGGUGCCAUCAAAAGUUUGUAGUGUGAGUUGGGAUGUUUAUAUAAUUUUUACUUCUGUAACAUUAGUUAAUAUGUAAGCUUAUUUGCUUUAUACUAUUAAUUAAUAGAAAAGCUGACACACAUAGGACAGAGGAAUAAGUUAGGAGCAAGGCUGAGAGAUAUUUUAACUUAUUAUUCGCAUUAAAUGUACAGGUUAUGUUUUCUAUAUUAUUUGAAAAAAACUGCUACCAGUUUAUGUGUACAAAUCAAAUGAUGCCAAAAUUGCUCAACUAAAUUAUUCAUGCAUGUGAUGAUUGUUUACUGCAUUUGACGGUGUUUUAAAUGACUGUUGUAUUCAUUGUAAGGAAGCAGCUAUGAUUCCAGCCACAUGCACUGAUAAUUUCUUAGUUCU